AUACCCGGUAAAAUUGAGGAAGUAAAUACCAAAAUGUUGGAUAAGAUAUUGUCGGAAAACGACCAUGUUGUCGUGUUCUUCUAUCGCGAGGGUGAUAAGCGCUCACAAAAGAUACUCAAUGAAUUGGAAAACAUUGAUGACGAAUGUGAGGAGAAGGACAUUGAUUUUAUCAAGACUUCCGAUCCGGAUGUGGACAAAGAAUAUGAUUUGGCUAGUUUGCCAGCAUUGGCAUUCUACAGACACAAAUUCAGAACAAUAUACGAUGGUGAUCUCAUGAAGGAGGAGGAAAUUCUGGAUUGGGUUAUCGAUCUGCAUGAGUCGACGGCUGAUGUUAUCGAAUCUGUGGAUCGCAAAACUUUGCAAGUGCUGAUCAAUGACGUCGAACACUUGGCGGUCUUUUUCUAUGACGAUAAAUGCGAAUCGUGUCCACAAAUCUUGGAGGAAUUGGAAACCAUAGACGAUGAUACGGACAAGCAGGGCAUACAAUUUGUCAAAUCGAACGAUGUGAAGUUGGCGCACGAAAUUGGUAUUUUCGCAUUCCCCGCCUUAGUUUACUACGAGACAGGCGUUCCAAUCAUGUAUGAUGAUGACGAAUGUUUCUAUGUUGGAUUGGGUCACGACGGCAGUGCGGCACGACGUGGCAAUAAUUACGCACCAAACGCUUACAAACCAUUCCAAUGUUGUCCCACUAAACUGGAAAAAUCAACCAAAGUACCUAAAAUGAGCGCACAACGUAUCGGCCAUAGCGACAGUGAUGCACCGGCGACGGGUAAACGCGGCGGCGCAGGUGGCAAUUUUCAAUUCGGGCCAGCAACCGGCACCAAAAGCGGCGCAGGCGUAGCCAGCAAAUCAACUAAGGGCGGUAAUAAGAAGGAUAAGGAGAACAAGAAACCAGCGAAGCGUGUCAUCGACGACGACGACGACGACGAUGAUGAUGAGGAUGAUGAUGAUGAUGACGACGACGACGACGACGACGAUGAUGACGACGUGCCAAUGGGCAAAGUCUCCUACACCAGUCCACGCAAAACAAAGAAAUCAACCGCCGGCGGCAACAACAAGCAAGUGUCUAACGAUAAGUCCUAUGGCAAUGGCAAAUCGACGAAGAAGGCUCAGGCUAAAGAUGGCGAUAAAUUGAAUGUGAAAACCGGCAUUAAUUAUUUGCAUAAACGACUAAAAAAUCUAUAUGAACUUUUUCAGGAUAUCUCUCUGUGGGAAUAA